AUUCAGAACGGCACGAGCCCGACAACUGGCUCGUUCUUCUAUGCUCUUCCUUCGUUGUGCGUAGUUGCCUGUGCUGGUGGCCGUGUCGAAAAGGCGUCGUCUCCGUGUGUGUGUGCGCGCGUGUGUGGACUACAGCUUCGUGAAUCCAGACGGGGGUGGGGGUUUGCGAAAGAAAGAAAAUUGUGCUUCCCGAGACGCCCCUGGAGAGAGCCGUAAAUUCCCGUGGCCUGCCCGCCCCUUCGAGGGAUUCGUGCGUGAUAAAAUAAAAAAUUCUUUCGAACACGAGUGACCGAAAAGAUAACGGAGGCGUGAAGAGACGGUAAACGUUGUCGUUUUGUGGAUUCGAACGGCGCCCUGUAGGCGCCGCUCCUCUGCGGGGCGAACAACCUGUACGAAACCGACCGUUUCUCGCCGAUGCUGGUGCGACGUCCGUGAAAAAAAGCUGCCUCCAUCAAACGACUUCGGGACCGAAAAACCACGACAAAAAGGAACACCAUGGCCGAACGAGGGGACGAGCUGGACUCGUGGAUUACCAGCUGGGAGAGGCAGUGUAUCGAGGAAGUCGAAAGGGCACCCGAUUUGGAGAGCCAGAUACAAAACGAACGCGACACUUCGUCUCAGAAGCUGUGGCUGCUGUUUCAAAAUUCCGCCACCUGCGUUGCUCAGCUGUACAAAGAUCGCCAGCACGGUGUCUCGCUUUGGGUACCCUUCCAGAACGCUGCGUCUAGCGUCACCAAUCUCUACAAAGAGUGCCUAGAGGCUCAGCGGCGGGUGAGCGAGCUGGGCUUCCAGUCGGGCUACCAGCGCCGCAACAAGGACCUUCUGGCGUGGGCCAAGAAGCGCAAGCGCCACAUUCGGCGCGAAGACCUGGUCGCUUUCCUGUGCGGAAAGGCACCCCACCACCACCACUACCACGGAUGGGCCUCGCCUCGGCCACGCCUCUCCCUCGAACCCCGGGUGGCGGCUACUGCGCCACACUCGUCGAGGCUGGGCCCCACUGCCGCUGGCGAACGCUCAGCCGUCGUGGGCUCCGGGGAGCCUGACGACGUGGACCUCGACACGUUCCGCGAGGCGCUGGCCAUUUCGUCAGCUCUGGGCUCUAAUCGAAGUCACAGCGCGGGCAGCGUGUCGCCACCCGGGUUCCGCACCGCGGCCAGUCUGAGCAGCUUCAUAGCGGAGGAGUUCGCACGCCACGUUGAGUCGCGCAAGCGGACUGCUCCGGGAAACGCGAGCCCGGGAGAUGUCGUGAUGGACUCGCCUACGCACAAACGGCCGCGCCUCAUCUGAGUUUUCCCGAGCCCACCUUCCUUUGACAUGGCACCAAAAGAAAUCAAUGCGAGUUCUUCGCUGCUCUUGUCACUGUGGCUUUUCUUCUACCCCACCCACCAACCUCCGCUACUUCGGCGGAGUCUCGCAAAGUCAUAAACCAGCUGCCAAAAAAAAUUACAAAACGAGGAACGAAAAAUGAGAAAUAUUAGCACCUCUUUUUUGUAUAGAGAAAGAUCUCGAGAAUGUUGUCGGUUCGAAACUGUGUGCAGUCUCAGCAAGCUUGGUCAGGGACGGACGUCGAAUGUGUUGGCGGUAGAGGUGUUGGUGGUGUGUUAACGGUGAUGCUGAGUGCGCGGAGGUGGAAUGUUUUUCAGAAAAAUCUUGUGGACGGUUGCGUUUAUUAAACUUUGUGUGGAGGGUCCGUCAGAGCCGAGGGUGACGGACAUUAGCAUUGCUUGCCAGCUGCUUCGACUUGGACUGCAGCAGCCGUGGAGGAGCGCAGGUGCCUCGGCAAAAGCCUGCGGCGCUUCACCGAGACGAAAACUUGGUGUGCCAGUCUCGGCUGGUGAGCCCUGCGAUGUACGACCGCUUGCCAAAUGUCUGCUCUACAAUCUCUGUUUUUGCUUCUCCUCAGCCUAUUUUCCAUCAAUGCCUUUCAACGGGUCAUGCAUUGUCCAGCCGGCAUCCUUAUCUGUGUGUGCGAAGCUAAACAGUCUUGCUGCUGAUGGCUGGCUGAAAUGGCUUGCUGGGUUGGAGAUGUUCCUACCUGGGGCUUUGUGGAUUCUUGACGAAGUCAUAGUGCAAAAAAGUGUGGAACGGCAACGUCUGCAACCGGGUUUUCUUUUUUCCUCUAGAGUUGUGUUCUCGACUUCAGAAAUAGUCUUUUACCAAGGCAUGCACCUUGGUAGAUUUCGGAAGUAAGAAAGCUGAAACGUGGGCAGUGUGUUGAGAGUGUCUAUUUUUAUGCCAUCGCUGCUGCCAGACCACACUUUUUUUUGUCUUUUUCAGUAGAUGGUUGAGGUACGGCAGUAGAAUAGACAUGCCGAGAGAAUCUAUUCCACACUGCCUGGUCGUGCUCGUGCGCAGUAGCCAGAACUCUGCGAAGCGCUGGAGCAUAUUCUAAAAAUAAGAAAAUACAGCGCGGGGAAAUAAAAGUAUGCAUAAGAUAUGAUGCCUGUGCUGCCUUUUUGAAUAUUCAGUAAGAAAAGAAAAAACCACACAGGCACGUUACGAAAGCCCACCGCUUAGUGCACCUGCGUCGGAGCGAAGCAGUGUUAGAUGGUAUGCAAAAAAAAAUUAUAUGUAGUAGUUUCUGCAUAUCUUUUUCAAUUUUGAUUUUUACACAUGUCACUUUUUGUCUAGGUGUCCAAACAUUUCGUAGCACACUUGAGUGCCUAGGUUUAAACAAAGUUUGUGUAGCAGCACCUCUGCUGUUAAUAAAAUGCCAUCGAAUCGUGUCAUGUUGAGAUUGCGAAUGACUGUUUUGGUGAAUGUGGUGACAAAGGCCAAGCCACGGCGUGCGGAAUCGUUCCGUAGAUUGAGGCAAUAAGAAUACUGUCGGAGAUAGAUAGGUGACGCUCUGUAGCUCCCCCUGUUUGAAUUGUUUUGAAGUGACGCUGAAACACGUUCGUCAUUGAGUGCAUUGUUACUUUUGUUUUUUGUUGCUUGCACAAGUGAAGAGUUUAUUUUUCUGGUUUUGACAUGUUUUUGUCAAUUUUAUGUAGGAUCAAAGGAAACAAAUAUUUGUUGCGUCAUCUUGAUUUGAAGUAUUGACGCUCAGGGUUUUCGAUGCCAAGAGCAGACGCAUCUUUGUCAAGAGUUAACGAUUUGCAACACUUUUCAGCAAACAAAAUUUCCGCGGCUGUGUUUGAAUGAGCAGGAGGAUUUGGUUAAAAAUAUAUAGUACCCGAAAAUCACAUUGCAGGAGCAGGUUGCGAGGGAUUUGAGCACAUAGUUUUGAGGACUGUCGUUAGUGUUUGCGGUGAAGAGGGAUCUUCCGGAAUACCAUCACCUCGUUCACAUUGCCUGGGUAAUUUUUUUUCUUUUUGAUUGACAAACCUGUUCAGGCAGCGUAAUUGGCAAUUGGUCAUGCCAUCGGGGGAGGCGGGAAGGUUGUGGAGCUCUGUAGCCCACGCCGCAAUAAGUGGAAGUUGCGGUAUGUGCAAGUCACGAGUUGCCACCUUUUGUUUUUUUUUUCUUGGCUCGGCUUAUGGCCUAGCAUUGUACAGGUUAUUGCUCCACUUAUUACUACAAUUGUGUUUUUUUUUUUCGCCUUAUUUCAUAUAUAUAGUCGUGUGCAUUUGUCAGAAUCUGAUUCUUUUAGGUUUGUUGCGAAGGAGCUGGGAUUUUUGUUGUUUAUUGAAUUGAGUCUUGUUUCGCUGGAGGGACACCGUCAGAGCAGCUGGUGAUGGAUUUAUCUUUGCGAGAGGGUCGCAGUUGUGCUUCGGGUAAUCGGUCAAUGGUCUGGACUAUCUAGCAACACGCUGACCAGAAGUGAAGCUCUUGGAACUAUAAGAGAAGUUUAGUCGAAUGUCUUUGAGUGGAAACAAAAGGGAUGUUUGGAGGCACGGGUUGCACAAUAGACCAUAACAGGAAAAUAUUUAGUGAAGUAAGUACUUGGGGAAUGUCCGAUAAUUAAAUGUGAGACAGUGUGGGUAUGCCUGCCAAGAGCUACCGAUCGAGGCCUCUAUGUAACGUUCUAUGAAAAUGCACUGCCCCAUUGCGGCGCAGCAUAGUUAACAGGAUAGAGCCUCUUGGAAUUUGACGCUCGGUAAAGUUGCACCGUGGCUAAUUACUAAAUGUUACUCAAACUAGAGUGGCAGAUGCGUGUAACAGUUCUAGUUGAACCUUCUCUAGGCUUUUUUAUCUGAAAUUUCGAAUUACAAGACCCUCGAAAGACUUUUUUCGAACAGCGGAUCUCUUGCAGUCUAGCCCCGGGCGGAACCGUUGGCAAAUAAAGUUUAUUCAAUUCGACGG